UCAGUGCGCGCGCGAUGUGACCGGUGAUGCACGCGUGCAAUGCUACAUGUUAGUCCGCUUUCAACCACGAGAUAUCGAACAUGGCUGAGUGGUCUUUUCUCGGACCCGACUACCCCAAUCGCGCGUUCGACACUUUUCCCUUCCCGUACUACCAAGACAAGGAAAGCCAGCCUGCGGCUGCGCAAUGCCUAGCAGCGCAAGCGCAGCCGUUCCAAUGUCCUUCCCCAACGCUGACCGUUUUACUUUCCCCCGCUCAACAAGGGACGCAGCAAUUAUGCGAGUACAAUCCAGCCCCGAAAGUGGAAAAUCCACGAGAGCUGCGAAAUAAAGCCGAGAAGCAAAGGCGAGAUAAAAUGAAUGAAUCCGUCGCAAGAUUAGCCUCGAUAGUCCCGCCGGUGGUCAAACCCGGCCGAAAAAUGAACAAGAGGAACGUACUUAGACUUGCAGCACACUAUCUACGUUCCCAUCAACAUGUGUUUGGUAGCAGCAUCGAUCGAGGUCCCGAGUUCAGUUCUGCGUUUACGCAGACUUUGCUGAAGACCCUUAAAGGUUUUCUAAUUACCACUACAUAUAAAGGGAUCAUUGUUGUCGUCUCGCCAAAUAUUCAAGAAUAUUUGGGUUAUACUGAGCUGGAAUUACUCGGCCAAGAUGUCACCACCAUCAUUCAUAAAGAGGACCACCAGCUCCUGGCCGACCAACUGUUUCCAAGAUCAUGUAAUCUAACAUCGAAUGGUCAGCUUCUGUUACCGCGAGAAAAAGACGCCGAAAAGGCGGUUGCAGAAGCGCUAUGCAAUGAAAAACGGAGUUUCAUUAUAAGGUUCAAAAGAUUAAGCCAUCAACGUUCUGAGCCACCGCAGUAUGUUACUUGUCAUGUGGAAGGAUCGCUGCGCAAAUCGGACCGUGCGGGCACCCGGUUCGAUCAGAUCGUCCAAAUCGGACGUCGGGUCAGGUCCAGGGGGGAGAAUCCGUUUUCGAGUGGGAAUGACAUUGUGUUUGUGGGCAUGGUGCGACCGACGACCGAGACAUUCAUAAACGAGAGCGCUCUAGAGUCCUUCAGGAUGGAGUACCGUACUCGACAUUCCAUCGAUGGCGAAAUAAUUCAAUGUGAGCAACGCAUCGCGCUAGUUACUGGCUACAUGACACACGAAGUGAAUGGAGUAAACGCAAUGAACUUCAUGCAUCGUGACGACGUCCGCUGGGUGAUCAUCGCUUUACGGGAAAUGUACGAUGAACACCGCCUAGUUGGAGAAUCCUGCUACCGUUUGAUGACGAAGAACGGUCAAUUCAUAUACAUGAGAACUUUAGGCCGUCUCGAUGUGGACAAAGACACGAAGGCGGUGACGAGCUUCGUGUGCACAAAUACCGUCGUCGCAGAGCAAGAAGGAAAACACCUAAUUAAACUGAUGAAGAAGAAAUUCACGCUGAUGAUCAACAACGGAGAGGAGAAAGAUUUUAAUGAAGAAGAAAAAGAAGAGUACUCGCAGGAAGACUCGCAGCAAUCUUUACCUGUAGAAGAUCCAAGACAACUUGAAAAGGUUAUUCUACACCUUGUAACAAACUUGCCAUCACCAGACACGCAAAACCCUUGUAAGGGAGAAAUUUCAUCACAUUUGGCUAUUAUACCUCCGAAGCGAGAACGUAUACAAAGGGCGAUCGAGAAAAGCUAUAGUGUCAUUAAAACUAUAGAUAUGGCAGGCAAUAGGGAACGGAGGAGCAAAAAUUUGCCGUCGACGGUGGAAUCAGGAAAAGUCGCACGGAAUCAAAUGAGUGAUAUAUAUUCCCAGGAUGAUCACUCCGAUAUUAUCAGAGCGCUUUGUCUUGGAAUCUGCCAAGGUCCGUCGUGUACGUGUACAUCGGAGAGCCCUGAAGGCAAUAACCACCCUAUAUCCCCUACUGAGAACGACCUAUACAUGAAUUAUUUUGCGAAUACUCCACCUAAUACGAGCGUCGACGAGACCAGUUUUAAUAAUCUGAGCGACUCCCGUGAUUUGCCAAUAGAGUUUAACAUCAACAACUCGAACUUUUCGUCUGAUUUAUUUUGUGAACAAGAAAGCAAACCAUCAUAUAUACAGAACAUUGGACAACCCAUCAGAACUGAACGGAUCAAUGAACCAGCUCAGCAAAGCACUAACACUUUCCUCGGAUUUUCACCAUCAAACUUACAUGAGCAUCCUGCGGUGUCACCAUCGUUUUGUACACCGAACCCAUACGUAGACCCGACACCCGGAACAUCAGGUUUGAAAAGACAACGUAAAAUCGAUAAUAAGAAUAUCAACAAAAGAGAUGUUAAUGUUGGGGGUCGCUCAGAAAGGCUGAAUGACACACCUGACUUAGAUUUCAUGUUAAAUUUAGCGAUUGAGGAUAGCUACUUCCUAGAACGAGGUAGAAUUACUCCAUCUAACACGAUACUGGGUGACGAUGAACUGGUAAACACCAUAAAUAGAAUUGAAGCAGAAGACGGUGUUGAUAGUCGAAAUUUGGUUGAUUGUUUUUCGGAAACCGAAGAUGUUGAAACUGAAACUGUAAGACUGAACUGUGAAAUUGAACGUUUGAAAAAAUCCUCGAGAAAAUCCAGAAAUAAAAAGAGAGCUAGUGGCCGCAGAAAUAAUCAUACCGAUAUUUACGAAUUUAAGGAUGACGAAACAAACUAGUGUAAAGCCUCUUAAGUGUCUACGUGAUGGUUUCAUUGACCGGGACAUUCAGACACUUAGGAUAUAAAAAUAAGACUCUUACACUAAAGACUAUAGACUAACUGUUAUAUGAAAGAACAAUUAUUAGUGAUAAUGCAAAUUGUGAUUGACAUAAAUGUCAGAAAAAGAUAUGAAUUCAAAUUUUACGCUAGAUUCCUAAAUAGUAUUUAAGUUAUAAACAAACUUCAGACUAAAUAUUUGAUUAUCAGAUAUCAACAAUAGAAGAUAAAUAAAAAUAUAUUAAAUAAAUAGAUAUCGCAAAAAAAUAAUUCAAUCCCAUUAAUGAUAUUAUUGCCAUGCUUAAUACAAAAAUCGAUUAUAAGAUCAAUGAAUUUAAUAGUAUAUCAAUUUUAAAUUGAAAAAUAAAGUCCUUUACAUAAUAACUUCGAGUUAAAUAUCUAAAAUUAUAAUGCGGAGUAGUAAAGUAGUAUACAGACAUUUUUAUAAAAUACAAACUUAAAAUAAAAAGAACAAAAUACACAUUACAAAUUUAAAGCAGAAACACGCCGUCUAAAAGAUUGUCCUGUGGCAUUCAUAGCUACGAAAUAAUAUACAUAUGUGUGUAAUAAAAAUGUAAAAGUUAAAAAAUGCGCAGUAGAAAAAUAUAUUUUAAUUGUAGUGCAUAAAUAACUUUAUUAUAUAAUAAUAAAGCUAUUGAUCUUAAGCUGACUAUAUAAUUUGAUAUCAUCUAGAAUAUUGUAGUGUAUGUAUACACUAUAAUACACCUUAGUGAUACAGUGUUAGGCAUAAGUGAAGAAAAUUAUAAAAGUAAACACAUAUUGGACAUUGUGAUAAUUAAAAAUGUGAACUAAUAGUAAAGACUUUUAAACUUAAAAACUUUAAUCAAAACAUUAGUUUAUUAUACAAGCAUAAAAUUAAAAUUGAUAAGGAAUUUGAUGUAAAGCAGAAAGCUAGAGAACUAAACGAAAAUAAUAACGACAUCUAUAAUGGCUGUAACAAAUUACAGAAAGUUAAAUACAUACAUAAGAGAUAUUUGAUGACAAAUCAACAAUCAAUAAAUAAACAUAAGAUACGUACAUUUGAAAACAAAUUUAUAAGUUUUAGAUAUAUUAAAUACUAAAUUUAAAUAAGAUAGUAUUUACAGUAUAAAAAUAAAUUUGGAAAAUGUUUAGAAACAGGAUGAAGCUUAAAAGAUCGUAAUACAAACUACAUGAAAAAUAAAAAAAUAUGUUCUUUAAGAUCAUCAAAAUUAACAAGCAACCUGAUAAAUAAAAUUAAAAUAUUUCUGAUUUUUCUAAUGAAAAAAAGAGCUUCUAUUAAGAACGAGGAUAAUAAAUUCUGACUGAAUGUCAGAACAAACUAUAUAUACAUAUACUAUACAUACAUUAGUGAAAAUAUUGAGCAGCAAUUAGAGAUAGAAGACUAAAGAGGAUAAAGAUUAUUAAACAACAAAACUCUUGGAAAUUAUAACAGAAAGAAAUUAUUUAUCAUUGAACAAAAUAGGUACUAGAAUAAGUAUUUUUAGUGAAAUCAACUAUGGAGUUUUUCCUAAAAAACUUAUCUAGACUAAGCAGUUAGACUAAGUACUGAAAUAAUUAUCGAAAAGGAAUUAGUACGUCGAUUGACUUAGUACAACGAAAUCAUUUUGAUUAUUGAAAUGAACGUUAAAAUGUAUAGUGAUUUCUUUGUGAAACCAUUACAUAAUUAAAUAUCUCAUACUUAUACAAAUAUUGAUAAAUAAACUUUAAAAAUUGACCUGUGAUAUAGAAAAUCUGGUUAUAUUGAAAAUGUAACGACAUUGUAUUAUAAUUUAUCUAAAGCAAAUGAAAAUGAAAUAUUUCAAUAUAAAAAAAAAUGAUAGUGAUGCGAGUUUAUUCGUGAAUAUCUUUAAAUUAUUCUUAUUGUAUCGAUAGUGUAACUAUCAUAAUUAUAUAACUUUCAAGAUCAAAUUAUUCUUAAAACAUAAAACACUUAAUAUUGACAGUAUGUAUACCUCUCGUUAAAUUGUAGGUAGAUUAAAAAGAAAAAAAUUAUUACACUAUUGCAAUUAACGUUAAACAAUACAAUUGUGCUCUAAAUUUAAUCAUUGUGUUAAAAUAAAUUUUGUGAGUGGACUCGUACAUAAUUAAUAUACGCACAAUAUUAAAUGACUACAAUAAAUUAAAAUUUCAUUAUAAAUAUUUCGAAAUAUGUUUCGAAUGGUAUAACUAAUCGGAACAAUUUAUGCAAAUAUGUUUCUACAAAAAAUAAUUAAUCAAUAAACAGGGUUGAAAACAAAAAAAAAAUGUUUUAGUGACGGUACAACUUUCACUAAAAGUUAGUAUUUAAAAUGUUUGUUAGUUUGUUUCUUGUAUGCCUACCAAAGGAAAUUGUAUAUACUUGGUUUACUAUUUUUUUAACUCUUUUAUAAAUUAUAAUUAGGAUAUUUGGAAUUUUUACACUAAAUGAUUAUAUAUUUUAUUAUUAUAUUGACAAUCUUAUUAACUCGAAGUUAUUAUUUAUAUUAUUUUAGAAUAUACUUAUUAUGUAUUUAGCCGUGUGGUUCCGGCAGAGCAGAAUAGAACCACCCCAUCUCUACCCGCGGGUGUCGUAAGAGGCGACUAAGGGAAUUUUUUGAGGCCAAUCAAUCAAUCGAAUAAACGCCCCAAUAACCCGUUUGGUAUCGGGAAAUAAAAAUACCCACGAAAUAAUUCCCAAGCCUCUUUGGGAAUUAUUUCAUUCUGGCGUCAGGCGGCUGGCCGUAAAAGUAUGUUAAAUUUCUUUUUGUUUUCUUUUUGGAUACAUUUUAACCCAAUUAUUAUAAUAAUUUCCUCCUUAAUUUAAUAAAAUUUUUAUAAGCUUCAAAUUAUUUGAAAACAAAAAUACACACUUCUGAUUUCAAUACAAUGUCUUUUCACGUUGUCAAAAUUGUAUUU